CAAAGAGUGGGAUCUUGGUCAACAGUUGGAGGAGUUCAUUCAUCAGACAUCAUCCUGUUCUGCUAGUACAUGUUUGUCUCUGGUCUGCUUAGGUCAGAAUGGACAGGGAACAAGAUUGUGUGAAGCUGUCAGUCCAGCCGUCCAGAGGACUUAUGGAUGAGAAAUUAAUUGUCCUGGUCCAGAAUGUCCCACCUUGUAGUGCGCUGACUGUCCGUGCUUUAAACCAGUGUGAAAAAGGCAACAAGUGGGAGGCGUAUGGUCACUACACUGCCGAUGCCACUGGGACUGUGAAUGUUGCAGAGGAUAUCAGUCUGGGUGGGACAUAUUCUGGGAUUGAACCAAUGGGUCUGUUGUGGAGCCUCAGACUAGUUCAGGGCAGCAAACCGGGACAGAGCUUUGUAAAGAAGAACACCCAGACUCCCAUGGAGGUCACAAUCUCAGUGUAUCAGGGUCACCAGACUGAAGGGUUCAUGAACCAGGUGCCGCUGGCCUGUGCAGUGGUGGAGCGUUGGUACAUGACGCCUGGUGUGCGCAGGAUCCCGAUCACGGAGGAAGGAUUUGAUGCAGUCCUCUUCCUUCCACCAGGGCCCGGGCGGUUUCCUGGAGUCUUGGACCUGUGGGGGGCUGGAACAAUCUUCGUAGAGUACCGUUCAGCGAUGCUAGCAUCCCACGGCUUUGCUUCCUUGACUCUCAACUACCUGAAACCUAAAGUCACCUUGGAAACUGGGAAGAUGGUGGACAAUGAGUACUUUGAGAGGGCCUAUACAUUCCUGCAGAAGCAUCCUGCGGUCCUCAGCGACAGAAUCGCCAUGCUGGGAACUUCCUUUGGCAGCAAUUUAAUCCUCAAUAUGGCUUGUUAUUCUGAAGUUGUAAAGCUCAGGUGUGCAGUGUGUAUUAACGCUACCCAUGUGCAGCCAGUUGGUGGAACUUUACAGGACAUGGUGAAUCACUUGUACGAUAGGCGAAGCAAGGUUUACCUGAAUGAGGAGGAACAGAUGAUUUGGCGAGGCUUACUGCUGCCCAUCACGGCGGACCCAUCAACUAAGCUGGACAUGGGGCGACUGCAGUGUCCUCUGUUGCUGGUUGUAGGUGAGGAUGAUCAGAACAUGCCCAGCUACGAGUCUGCGAUGGAUAUGCAGAAGAUGAUGGAACGAGCAGGAAACAGCCACCUGCUGACUGUCCUGUCGUACCCUAACACCGGGCAUGUGAUUGAACCUCCGUACAUACCACAUACCCGAGCCAGCGUCUUCAGAGUUCCCAAAACAAAUGAGAUAUAUAUGACUCUGUGGGGUGGAGAGACGGUGGCACAUUCCCAUGCUCAGGAAGAUGCCUGGAAAAAUAUACUAGUCUUUCUGAGAGAACAUCUGUUUACAGAUAGAAAGAUUGUUUCUCAUCUGUAAACAAGAAGAUAACUAAUAAAACCUAGUAAUAGCAUGAGGACAUAUUAUAAAUACAAAACUACAAGAUUUCUUGUUCUUG